UUGAACAAAACCCCCUAGUUCGAGUCCAAGUCGUCAAAACCACUCCUCUUCUAUUGCCCACUUUUUGUACCCAGAAUCCCUCUCCGUCCCCGUGUCCCGAUCUCCCUUCAAAUUCUGAAAUUCAAAAGGGAAACAAUCCACUCCCAUGAACGAAGAUAAACCCUAAAAGAGUGUCUAAAACCUUGACAAUUCCCGUCAUGGAAAAACGCUACUCGACCUUGUCAAUUCCACCUCUGCCGUCGAUGACCGUCGACCUCAAUUUCUCUUUUCCCCCGUCUUCUGUUCCCGGCGGUGGAGGCGGAGACGUUCCAGAUAUUCCUGGCGCGUGGUACGGAAACAUACAAUACCUCCUUAAUAUCUCAGUCAUCGGUCUGGUAUGCUGCAUCCUCAUCUUCGUCUUCGUCAAGCUGCGAAGCGACCAUCGACGGAUGCCGGGUCCCUCAGCCCUUGCCGCCAAGCUCCUCGCCGUAUGGCACGCGACGUGUCGCGAGAUCGCUCGUCAUUGUGGAGCCGACGCCGCGCAAUUCCUCCUCAUCGAAGGCGGUAGCUUCGCCCUUCUCCUGCCUAUAGCCGUUCUGUCUGUUUCCGCGAUGCUUCCCUUGAAUCUCUACGGCGGGACCGCAAUUCUGGACGAUCAAUUCUCUAAGACCACCAUAACUCACAUUGAAAAAGGUUCGAGUUUGCUUUGGGUUCAUUUUAUUUUCGUCGUUAUCGUCGUUGCCAUUGUGCAUUUUGGUAUUUCCUCUAUCGAGGAGAGGUUAAAGAUCACUAGGUUUAGAGAUGGGAAUGGAAAUUUGAGCGAUCCCAAUGCGAAUUCUACUGCCAUUUUUACUAUUAUGGUUCAGGGGUUGCCUAAAUGUCUAGGGAAUGAUAAGAUUUUGCUGCAAGAGUAUUUUCAAUAUAGAUAUCCUGGGAAAGUUUAUAAGGUUAUUGUACCCAUGGAUUUGUGUGCUUUGGAUGAUUUGGCCACCGAAUUGGUUAAGGUUAGAGAUGACAUUACUUGGUUGGUUGCUAAGAUGGACUCUAGGCUUUUGCCCGAAGAUGGUGAAGAUGAUGAAAAUCAAGCUGGAGGGUUAUUGGGUUGGGGACGGUACCUUUGGAGAAAGGUGAAGAAUUUUUGGGAUCAUGUUAUGGACUGGUUGGGUUUCACAGAUGAAGAGAAGCUGAGGAAACUUCAAGAAUUGAGAGCAGAUCUGGAAACCGAAUUGGCAGUUUAUAAAGAGGGACGUGCCCCGGGUGCUGGGGUUGCUUUUGUAAUGUUUAGGGAUGUGUAUACAGCUAAUAAGGCAGUUCACGAUUUUAGAAAUGAGAAGAAAAGGCGGAUUGGCAAGUUCUUCUCUGUGACAGAGCUGAGGCUGCAGAGGAACCAGUGGAAAGUUGAGCGAGCCCCAUUGGCAGCUGACAUUUACUGGAAUAAUUUGGGAUCGACGAAAUUCUCGUUAAGAAUAAGGAGGGUGAUUGUCAACACGUGUUUGCUGUUGAUGCUCUUAUUUUUCAGCUCUCCUCUUGCAUUGAUCACUGCCGUUAAGAGUGCUGGGCGUAUUGUUAACGCAGAAGCAAUGGACAAUGCCCAGUUAUGGUUGGCUUGGGUGCAAGCUUCCAGCUGGCUUGGAUCUUUAGUAUUCCAGUUCUUACCAAAUGUUAUUGUGUUUGUUAGCAUGUAUAUUGUGAUCCCUUCAGCUCUUUCUUAUCUCUCCAAGUUUGAACGGCAUCUGACAGUUUCAGGAGAGCAAAGAGCUGCUCUUUUGAAGCUGGUCUGCUUCUUUCUUGUAAAUCUUAUCCUAUUGAGGGCUCUUGUUGAGUCAUCUUUAGAGGGUACAAUUCUACGGAUGGGCCGAUGCUACUUAUAUGGGGAAGAUUGCAAGAAGAUUGAAGAAUAUAUGAGUCCUUCGUUCCUGUCAAGGUCAUGCCUUUCUUCUCUUGCUUUUCUAAUCACAAGUACUUUCUUGGGAAUAUCUUGUGAUCUACUGGCACCAAUUCCAUGGAUUAAGAAGAAGAUUCAAAAGUUUCGGAAGAAUGACAUGCUUCAGCUGGUCCCAGAGCAAAGUGAAGAGUACCAAUUAGAACAUCAGGACAUCAAUGGUCUUCGGAGACCGCUGAUGCCUGAAAAUGUGUUUGAUUCUCCGAGGUUUAAUAACAUGGAACCACAGGGACAAGAUCUUUCUGAAUAUCCUAUCAGCCAAACCUCACCUAUACCCAAGCAGAAAUUUGAUUUUGCACAAUACUAUGCGUUUAAUUUGACAAUAUUCGCCCUGACCAUGAUAUAUUCUUCAUUUGCUCCACUUGUUGUCCCUGUUGGUGCAGUUUAUUUUGGGUAUAGAUAUGUGGUUGAUAAGUACAACUUUCUAUUCAUAUAUAGAGUCCGUGGAUUUCCUGCCGGCAACGAUGGAAGAUUAAUGGACACUGUGAUAUGUAUCAUGCGGUUCUGCCUUGAUUUGUUCCUCAUUUCCAUGCUCUUGUAUUUUUCUGUUAAAGGAGAUCCCACGAAGCUGCAAGCCAUACUUACUCUUGGAUUGUUGGUAAUAUACAAACUUUUACCUUCUGAUAGUGAGAGUUUUCAACCAGGCAUCUUGGAAGGUAUACAAAAUAUUGACAGCAUUGUAGAUGGAAGCAUUGAUUAUGAGGUGUUCUCUCAACCCAAUUUUGACUGGGAUACGUAUUACCCAUGAUAUUUCAGGCAUUAACACUGUUUAUUUAGUUGCUUGUCUCUCACUGCAUUCCCACUUCUCUCUGGGUCUUAGAAUCAGAAUCAAAAUAUUUCUAGAUGUCUAUAUGUAACUGUAUAUCUUUGUGUAACAUUUGGUUCCCUUUUUUUUUUUUUUUUUUUUUUUGUUCAAUUAUUCGCACUUUUACAAGAACUUCCCAGAUCAGGUUGCAGUUGGGAAUUGGUGGUGCACGGAAGAAGGUGAGGGCAAUAUUUGGAGCAAACUUAGAAAUUUAGUGGAA